GACCAGUUGGCUCUCUCUUACGUCCGUUGCCACCGACAAGCAAGCAUCGUCUUGUUCACUUGUUCUUUCUUACGGAGUCCGCCAUUGUUGGCGCACGUACAUUUUUCAACCAAACGAUUAUCAAUAAACAUCCAAGAUGGUGAACUUUACAGUAGACGAGAUCCGUGGGAUGAUGAACAAAAAGAAGAAUAUUCGUAAUAUGUCUGUCAUCGCUCACGUUGAUCACGGUAAAUCAACAUUGACUGAUUCACUUGUAUCAAAAGCUGGUAUCAUUGCUGGUGCUAAAGCUGGUGAAACACGUUUCACAGAUACACGUAAAGAUGAACAAGAUCGUUGUAUUACAAUUAAAUCAACAGCAAUUUCUAUGUACUUUGAACUUGAUGAUAAAGAUUUACCAUUUAUAACUUGUGCUGAUCAACGUGAUACAAAUGAAAAAGGUUUCUUAAUUAAUUUAAUUGAUUCACCUGGUCACGUUGAUUUUUCAUCUGAAGUAACAGCUGCACUUCGUGUUACUGAUGGUGCACUUGUUGUUGUUGAUUGUGUAUCUGGUGUAUGUGUACAAACUGAAACUGUAUUACGUCAAGCUAUUGCUGAAAGAAUUAAGCCAGUAUUGUUCAUGAACAAAAUGGACCGUGCAUUACUUGAAUUACAACUUGAAUCUGAAGAUCUUUAUCAAACUUUCCAACGUAUUGUUGAAAAUGUCAAUGUUAUUAUUGCAACAUAUGCUGAUGAUGAUGGUCCAAUGGGUGAUAUUCGUGUUGAUCCAAGCAAAGGUUCAGUUGGUUUUGGAUCUGGUCUUCAUGGAUGGGCAUUUACAUUAAAACAAUUCUCUGAAAUGUAUGCUGAAAAAUUCAAGAUUGAUACUGUCAAACUUAUGGGACGUCUUUGGGGAGAAUCAUUCUUCAAUCCAAAAACAAAGAAAUGGAGCAAGCAAAAGGAUGCUGAUAACAAGCGUUCAUUCUGCAUGUACGUUCUUGACCCAAUUUACAAGGUCUUUGACUGCAUCAUGAACUACAAGAAAGAAGAAUGUGACAGUCUUCUCACUAAAUUGGGAAUUGUCUUGAAAGCCGAAGACAAAGACAAGGAUGGAAAAGCUCUUCUCAAGGUUGUCAUGAGAACUUGGUUGCCAGCUGGAGAGGCUCUUCUUCAGAUGAUAGCCAUCCAUCUUCCAUCACCAGUUGUUGCACAAAAAUACCGUAUGGAAAUGUUGUACGAAGGACCACAAGACGAUGAAGCAGCUUUGGGUAUCAAGACUUGUGAUCCAGAAGCACCAUUGAUGAUGUAUGUAUCAAAAAUGGUACCGACAUCUGACAAAGGUCGUUUCUAUGCAUUCGGUCGUGUUUUCUCUGGUAAAGUUGGAUCUGGUAUGAAAUGCCGUAUCAUGGGACCAAAUUUCACUGUUGGAAAGAAAGAAGAUCUUUAUGAAAAAUCAAUCCAACGUACUGUUUUGAUGAUGGGUCGUUAUGUUGAAGCAAUUGAAGAUGUUCCAUCUGGUAACAUCUGUGGUCUUGUUGGUGUUGAUCAAUUUUUGGUCAAGACUGGUACCAUCACAACAUUCAAAGAUGCUCACAACAUGAAGGUCAUGAAAUUCUCAGUAUCACCAGUUGUACGUGUUGCUGUUGAACCAAAAAAUCCAGCUGAUUUACCUAAACUCGUUGAAGGUCUUAAACGUUUGGCAAAAUCUGAUCCUAUGGUACAAUGUAUCAUUGAAGAAUCUGGUGAACAUAUUAUUGCUGGUGCUGGUGAACUUCAUCUUGAAAUUUGCUUGAAAGAUUUGGAAGAAGAUCAUGCAUGUAUUCCAAUUAAAAAAUCAGAUCCAGUUGUAUCAUAUCGUGAAACAGUAUCUGAAGAAUCAGAUCAAAUGUGUUUGUCAAAAUCACCAAACAAGCAUAAUCGUUUGUUCAUGAGAGCUCAACCAAUGCCUGAUGGUCUUGCUGAAGAUAUUGAUGAUGGUAAAGUUAAUCCAAGAGAUGACUUUAAAUCACGUGCACGUUAUCUUGGUGAAAAAUAUGAUUAUGAUGCAACUGAAGCAAGAAAAAUUUGGUGCUUUGGACCAGAUGGUACUGGACCAAAUUUAUUACUUGAUUGUACAAAGGGAGUACAAUAUUUAAAUGAAAUUAAAGAUUCAGUUGUUGCUGGUUUCCAAUGGGCAACAAAAGAAGGUGUUUUAUCUGAAGAAAAUCUUCGUGGUGUACGUUUUAAUAUUUAUGAUGUUACACUUCACGCUGAUGCAAUCCACAGAGGUGGUGGUCAAAUUAUUCCAACAACAAGACGUUGUCUUUAUGCUUGUCUUCUUACUGCUAAACCAAGACUCAUGGAACCAGUAUAUCUUUGUGAAAUUCAAUGUCCAGAAGUUGCUGUUGGUGGUAUUUAUGGUGUACUCAAUCGUCGUCGUGGUCAUGUCUUCGAAGAAAUGCAAGUUGCUGGUACACCAAUGUUCGUUGUCAAGGCUUACUUGCCUGUCAAUGAAUCAUUCGGUUUUACUGCUGAUUUGAGAUCACACACUGGUGGACAAGCUUUCCCACAAUGUGUGUUUGAUCAUUGGCAAGUACUUCCAGGUGAUCCAAUGGAACUUGGUUCAAAACCAUACCAAAUCGUACAGGACACAAGAAAGAGAAAGGGAUUGAAAGAUGGCCUUCCAGACUUGGCAUCAUACCUCGACAAAUUGUAAACAAUCAAUGAAAAAUCACAUUUUUUUUUUUUUUUUCUCACUGUAUUUGAAUA